UGAGUUGAAGUUGAAUAUUCAAAUCCAAAGCAUUGCCUCCGAUGGAUUCAUCGUCGCUACCGCCGUCUCUGCACCUCGCGAUGGCGGCCUUACUCGGAGCCUCUUUCAUGGCCAUCUCCGCCUUCUACAUCCACCGCCGCACCGUCGACCACGUCCUCCACCGCCUCAUUGAAAUCCGCCGCGCACCACCCGACUCCGACGACGAUGAAGACGACGGCGAUGACGACGAUGAUUUCGGACCCGACGGCGGAGAAACGGAAACAACUGAUACUGAUCCAAGAGGCUUGUCGAGGUCCAUGGACGAGAACUUGAACUUACUACGGAGCUAUAGGAUUUCGUCUUCAAUGCCUAAUGUGGUUUCAGCAACUGAUUGGCUCCAAGAGAAUCCUAAGAAUCGUGUGUCGUCGCUUGAUAAUCUCCAUUUCGUUCCGUUAGGGCUUCCAUCUCUUCGGAUUGGUUCAAAAACUGGAGAGAAUGCUCAGAUUUCGUCUUCCUAUAAGAGAAUAGCGUCUUUAGGUAGAAUUAAGACCCCGAAAUCACCGGGACGUAAUACGUUUGAAAGUGCUGAGGAUUCUGAUGAGGAGGGAACACAAAUUUCUGGUGACAAUCGCAUUCCGUUCUACCCUGGGACUAGAGAUUCUUCAAAUAAUUGCGGACUAAAUUCAAACAUUUGCAAUUUGUCUGCUGUUCCAUUCAGAGUUGAAGAUGCAAACUGUGCAAAAAAUCAGAUGUAUGGUGGGGUUUCAAAAGAAGCAAAAGCUGGUGCAGAUAUGAAUGGUGAAGGAAUGACAGAUUCAACUUCAGCUAGCAUUGCUGGGAAUGACCUAGUGUUUAUCAAUAAUGUUUUGUCUGCAAGAAACACAACACAUGAGCCAAUAAAUGUAGAAGAAGAGGAAGUAUGCAAGAUGAUUCGAGAAUGCUUAGAUCUGCGCAAGAAAUAUGUUUACAAGGAAAAUCCUGUUCCAUGGAAGUCUGAACCAGUGCCAACUAAUUCUGAUCCUUUUCACUUUGAACCAGUAGAAGCAACUGCACACCACCUUAGGAUGGAAGAUGGAGUCAUACAUGUUUUUGCAAGUAAAACUGACACUGAAGAGCUCUUCCCUGUUGCAAGCUCAACGACAUUUUUUACUGAUAUGCAUUACAUUCUCAAAGUUAUGUCUAUUGGGAAUGUUCGCUCUGCAUGCUACCACAGGCUACGAUUUCUUGAGGAAAAAUUCCGCCUUCAUCUGUUACUAAAUGCAGAUAGGGAAUUUCUGGCCCAGAAGAGUGCACCACACCGAGAUUUUUACAAUAUCCGAAAAGUUGAUACUCAUAUUCAUCAUUCGGCUUGCAUGAAUCAGAAGCAUCUCCUCCGCUUCAUCAAGUCAAAGUUAAGAAAAGAACCUGAUGAGGUUGUUAUAUUUAGAGAUGGAAAGUAUAUGACACUUAAGGAGGUGUUUGAGAGUUUGGAUUUGAGCGGAUAUGAUAUGAAUGUCGAUUUGUUGGACGUCCAUGCAGAUAAGAGCACAUUCCAUAGAUUUGACAAAUUCAACCUAAAGUAUAAUCCUUGUGGACAGAGCAGACUCAGAGAGAUAUUUUUAAAGCAGGAUAAUCUUAUCCAGGGAAGGUUUCUGGCUGAAGUAACAAAGCAAGUUUUGUUAGAUCUUGAAGCAAGCAAAUAUCAGAUGGCUGAGUAUAGGAUCUCCGUUUAUGGAAGAAAGCAAAGUGAAUGGGAUCAGCUGGCAAGUUGGUUUGUUAACAAUGCUCUUUAUAGUAAGAAUGCUGUAUGGCUAAUCCAGUUACCACGGCUAUACAAUGUGUACAAGAAUAUGGGAAUUGUUACCUCCUUUCAGAACAUUUUGGAUAAUGUGUUUAUUCCUCUAUUUGAAGUCACAGUAGAUCCAAAUUCGCAUCCUCAGUUACAUUUGUUUUUGAUGCAGGUGGUGGGAUUUGAUCUUGUAGAUGAUGAAAGUAAACCAGAAAGGCGUCCAACUAAGCACAUGCCUACUCCAGCUGAGUGGACAAAUGAAUUCAAUCCAGCAUACUCUUAUUACCUUUAUUACUGCUAUGCAAACUUGUAUACGCUUAAUAAGCUGCGUGAAUCUAAAGGAUUGACCACAAUAAAGUUGAGGCCUCACUGUGGAGAGGCAGGUGAUAGUGAUCAUUUGGCUGCUGCAUUCCUCCUAUGCCACAACAUUUCUCAUGGGAUUAAUCUUCGGAAAACUCCUGUUUUGCAAUAUUUAUAUUACCUUGCGCAGGUUGGAUUAGCUAUGUCACCGCUUAGCAAUAAUUCACUUUUCUUGGACUAUCAUCGCAAUCCAUUGCCCAUGUUUUUCCAGCGAGGUCUGAAUGUGUCUCUUUCAACUGAUGAUCCUUUGCAAAUUCAUUUGACAAAAGAGCCGCUGCUAGAAGAAUAUAGUGUUGCAGCAAAGGUAUGGAAGCUCUCUGCCUGUGACUUGUGUGAGAUAGCUAGAAAUUCUGUGUAUCAAUCUGGAUUUUCACAUCAAGCCAAGUUACACUGGCUUGGGGAUAAAUAUUUCUUGAGAGGUCCUGAAGGAAACGAUAUUCAUAAAACAAAUGUUCCCAGUUUGAGGAUCUCUUUCCGAUAUGAGACAUGGAAAGAGGAAAUGCAAUAUAUUUACGCUGGUCAAGCCACCUUUCCUGAAGAUGUAGACCCAUGAAGCAAAGCCUAAUGAAAUUCACCAUUCACUCCGUGAUCUAUGAUGCUAACACCAGUGCACUGAUCAAUGUUCUUUUGAUAAACAGCAACUUCGGCAGUGACGAGUUAUUGUAACCUUUAAGCCAGUUAUGUUUUAACAAAAUUGUCAACGAUGUAAUUUACAUGCUAUCUUGUCAGUCUUGUUUCAUAU